AUGUCAAGGCGGCGGGCCCAUGACGUGACGGAUUUACCGGUGAAAAAGCCGAAAUUUCUCAAUAAACGCCAACGGGAACAAUUGAAGCUGUCCCUGGCUCAACCGUCAGCCCCAGUAAAGCCUCAGAAGCCGCAUUCACUGACUCCUCAUCGCUCCGUUACUCUCCCUGAUGAAAAGCAUGGUGCUGCAUCUCCAGUUCGAGGAGAUGGGAAUGCCAAAUUCAAGUUUGACUGGAACAACGAUGAGGACACUUGGGGAGACGUGGAAUUGAUUGGUGUGCCCGAAACGGCGUCGAAUUCCACUGCACCGAAAACUAACAACUGGCGAGAUAAGCCAUUAUCGGAGAUGACGCCGCGAGAUUGGCGGAUCAUGAAAGAGGAGUUCCACAUCACCACUAAGGGAGAGGUAAAGCAGCCUAAGCUCAUCCGAUAUUGGUCAGAAACGGAAUUGGACGCUCGACUAUUGCAUCGCAUCUCUCAAUUAGGAUACACAAACCCUACACCUAUUCAGCGAGUAGCGGUGCCGAUUGCUAUUGCCCAUGAUGACGUGCUUGGGGUAGCCGCAACGGGGUCGGGGAAAACACUUGCAUUUCUGGUUCCCCUCAUUCAAUACCUUGUGACGAUUGACAGCUCUUACUUACAAGUUGAGUACCAACGCCCAGAGGAUAAAAAACAGGCACUCUCGGUAAUUAUUGCUCCAACUAGAGAGCUUGCGCUACAGAUCAGUGAGAACAUCACCGCGUUAGUCGAUGGUCUUGGAUUUAACGUGGUCACUUUGAUUGGUGGUCACGGGUACGAGGGAAACCUCGAAGCGAUCAAGAAAGGAGCUCACAUUGUUGUCGCCACUCCAGGUCGCUUGGUUGAUGCUUUAGAGCGUCAGCUCAUCCGUCUUGAUCAUUGUUAUUACCUCAUCUUAGACGAGGCUGAUAGAAUGGUGGAUAUGGGAUUUGAGCCAGCUAUGACUAACAUUGUUUCGCAAUUACCACUGGAAAAACAGCUCCAACUGACGAUUGAUACCCGUAUAUUUAAAGUGACGAAAAGAACUACGUUGAUGUUUACUGCUACGAUGUCUCCUGCGAUCGAAAGAUUGACUCAAAAGUAUUUGGUCAAGCCCACGAUGAUCACCGUCAGCGCUGAAACGUCAACUCCCAACAUUGAUCAACAUUUCGAAUUCUUCGAAGAAAUUCCUUGA